AUGCUUCCUGCGCCAUACCCCAUUGUAGUACAAACAAAACCAGGUGAUGAUGUUUGGGAAUACGAAAACUGGUGGACAUAUAAUAUGCAUGAUUGUUGUGGUAGUCCAAAAGCUUGCUGUUUCGUCUGCUGUUGUUGUCCUUGUGCAACGUAUAAAAUCUAUAAACGUGCUGAUGAAGAUUUAUUAACAUGUUGUUGCCCAACAACUCUAUGGCCAUUACGUACUAAAAUUCGAACGUUAUUUCGAAUACGAGGUUCCAUAUGUGGCGAUUGUGUAGCGGUUUCGUGUUGUUCAUUUUGUGCUCUCGUUCAAAUGUAUCGUGAAUUAAAAGAACAGGGAUUAUAA